AUGCAAGUUAAGUUAUUAAACAUUUUAUGGUUCCUUCUAGUAUCAGUCUUCUCAAUUGCAUCUGCUGAUAUAGCACAAUUAAUAACCAAAGAUGGUGUUAUUUACAGUUAUGCAGUUAGAACAAAGACCUUACAACCUGCUACUGUUCUUGUUUCAACCAGUUAUUAUACAACCGUUCAAGUGAGACAAAUUACAUUAGCAAAUAAUGAAGUAACAUCAACUACAGAACAUAUUACUACUCAAGCUACUAUAAUAACAUCUAUACCUGCUGUCCUUGCUAAUCAAGAAUCGUCGAAUGAUGUUAUUACUACAGCUGCUGCUCAAGAUGUUGCUGAUCCACAAUAUACUUCAGUACCUCAAAUCAGCUCCACUACUACCAUUUCUCCUGUGUCUGCAACUGAAAGUCAGGUCAUGGAUGUUAAGAGUAGUCAAUAUACUAGUACCUUAUCCUCAUCUCAAGUUAAUACCCUAAUACCUUCUCAAACAAUAACUUUAACCCCACAAGCUUCCUCCAGUUACUCUAGAAUUCUAACUACUAUCACUCCAACACCACAAUCUACUAGUGUCUCCAAUACUCAAAGUAUCCUUAUCACGUCUGUAAACUCUGAAGAUAGAGUUUGUUACGUAUAUUAUGAAGAUGAUGAAUACUAUAGUACUUAUUAUAUUACUGGCCCAUCUCAAACAAUUGAUGCUGCCUCCACUAUAACAAGUACACGCACAAAGACCAUCUACCAAACCAUCUCUAGUUAG